UGGAUCAUAAAGACUAUUUUAUAUUCCUAUUUUAUCCAUCGUCAUCCGACAGAAUGCAAUAUGGCGGACGUAGAACAAUGGUUUUUUGGCAAACUUGUUGCGUUUUCAGUCGUUCUGAAGUUAUUACUUAUCCCAACAUAGUAAAUACAUUCUUUUAUUAUACUAAAUUCGUAAAACUUAAGUUUGACACGUUUUUUGUGUGAUUUAUAAUUAUUUUACAUGAUAAUGUACCUUGAAGCGUAAAGUCUGUCUUACAUGUAGUUUGAAACAUUAAUUUACAGUUUUCUAUUUUAUUUUGUAGCCGCUCGACAGACUUUGAAGUUCAUAGAAAUUGGCUUGCCAUAACUCAUAGCUUACCAAUUUCACAAUGGUAUUAUGAGGCAAGUAGUAAGUGCAGUGUGUAUUGUAAACAAUAUAUUGCGUCAAAUCUUACUGUUCCUCCACGUCGUUCUGCCAUAUUUUUAAUUGUUUGCAGUGGAACGUGAACUCCAGUUAUUCAUUUCAAUGGGGGGAAGGAUAUUAAUUAGGAAUAGCUGGUAUAAUUAAUUAAAUUGCAUGAGCUUGCGAGCACCACUCACAGACCAGCAUGGAAAGUUUUUACCAUGCUGCAGAGAUAUUCGCCUCACAAUUUUUUAUGCAUUCUAUAUAAUUAUUUACUAUUAAAUUUUCAAAAUUCCCUGCAUGCAAUUUCCAAACUUUCCAGUCAGGCUCACAGACCCUUUCAAAUUUGAGCAGGCAUAUUCUGAAACCCUGGCUCUUUAACAAUACCAGUAUAUAAUUACCUCAUCCAAUCUAAUUAAAAUAAAAGUCAUAUUUGGAAGUUUGAAUUUUGCAUCAUUAAAUUGCACGAGCUUGAAAGCGCUGCUCACUGGCACUUUUUGAAUUUGUGCAGGCGCAUUUUGAAAUACAGCUGGCAUGGUAACAGCUAACCUGAAGUUCAGGCCCUAAUCACAGAAUAGGGCCUGACACAAAACCUAUCUAAAGUGUGGGAUACCUUGAAUUUUUAAAUUUAAUUAUAAAGCAAAAUGCACACUCUGCGGCAGCUUUCUUUUAUUGUUACUACCAACAUUGACACUGACCGUUUGAGUUAAAAAAUAUAAAUGGCUCUUGAAAACCUUUUAUAGAGAUGCAUGAUGUCUAGACGUCUAUCAAUGACAAUUAAAAUGUAUGAUUGUUUAUUAGAAUAAUGUUCAUUUGGGUUACAAUUCUUUGUACCUUCGAAUUGAGAAAUAAAAAGAUUGACACCAUAUUUGCAGCAAUACAUUAGCAGAACUUCAGCCAUCAUUUUCUCUUUGGUGUACCAUCUAAAACCUCAUUUUAGCAUUAUUUUACAGGUAAAAUGUUAAAUAAAUUAUAUACUUUUCAAGUUUGUUUGCCCAUAAUUUGAGAAAUUUAUCAAAUAUAUAUUUACAAUUCUUGGUGUGUAAUCAGAACUAAGUUGUAUCUAAUACCAGGGUUCGAAUUAAAUAUUUAAAAGUGAAUAGCGAAUUUCUACCCAUUGACUCGUGCAAUAAAAAGUGAAUAGCGAAUUUCCACCACUGUACAGUAAAAAAGGUUGAGCAUUCGAUCUUCAACCAGGAAGGCUGUUAUAAUAAUAAAGAUUCAGCAGUCUUUAUUUUUUUGGCAACAACGAGAGAAAACGAAGAUGUAAAAUUAAAUCAUUUCAAUUUCCAAUAUCACCCGUAAAAAUUUGCGCAAUAUCUAAAAGAGUUAUUAAAAUUAAAAUGCAUAUUUAUUCAAAGUUAGAGUAAAUUAAAGUUAAAUUAAAUUAAACAAAAUACUGUACAUAUAAAAGUAAACAUGGCAAAGCUCAGAAGCAAAAAAAGAAACUGGCAUACAUCAUACUACACAUCAUGAAUUAAACUAGAAAGUUAUUGAACAUUUUGAUUUGGGUUUUAAACAUAGUAAGUGAUUGUGAAAUUCAAAUCUGAUUAUAGUUGCAUGAACGUAGCAUGACAUUUGACCUUUCCUAAGUGGAUUUUGACACAUUUUUAUAAUGUCAGCCUAUCAUAUUAAAACAUUAAAUCAAAACACAGCUUGAGGCCAUUAGAAAAGGCGCAAUUUUAUUGUCUAUUCAGAAAUAUCAGCGCAUAUGAGAGAAUGUUUCCCUCAAAAUACACAAAGAAUUGUUUGAAAACAAACGUUUCCAAUGUUAUCCGUUUUACUUUUUCACAUGUGAAAUCUUCUCAGGUUGAAUAGUGAUUUUUUUAUAUUACUGUAUAGCAAAAUGAGUAGCGAUAUCCCAAAAACGGAUAGCGAAUCGCGAUUCGCUAUCUGUUAAUUCGAACCCUGUCUAAUACUCUUGUUGGUUUUGAGUGUGUGUUAAUGUAACAUACAAAAACUAUACUCUUAAGUUAUUUGUUUCAAUUUAUUAUGAUUGUGGUUACUUUAUUAUUAGGACACUUCCCAGUGGACUCUAGAUUACCCACCAUUUUUUGCCUGGUUUGAGUUCCUUCUUUCCCAAGUUGCAUCCUUAGUGGAUCCAGAAAUGACCAAAGUUGAAAAUUUGGAAUAUGCUAGUUUGAAAACUGUUGUUUUUCAAAGGCUAAGUGUUAUUGCAGCUGAUAUGAUGCUUAUAUAUGCCAGUUAUCAGUAAGUUUCUUGGAAUAUAUAUUUCAGAGAAGUGAAGUUUCUGCACCAAGAUUUAUAUUGUACAGGCAUGAAGUUUUUUUGUAUUAAUACAUAAUUAAUUAGUGCACUGCAACACUUUUCUAAAACAAAUCUCCAAUCUAUUAAUGCAGCUACUGGCUUUGGGAUAUUCCAAUGUCAAAGUUUUAAAAAAUGACAAAUAUCCUCCUGACCCAUGCCAACUGACUGAUGGCCACGCUGAAUGUGUCGUAUGAAUGUUGGUGAUCACUUUCAACAUAAUAAUUACAUAAAGUCAUUUUGUUUUCAUCUGCUCUUUUAGUUUUGAUAGAAAUGCAAAGAGUAGAGAGACUCAAAGAUUAAUAAACACAUUUUUAUUUAAUUUUCAGCAUUUUAUGUAUAAUGAAUUCAAAGUUGUAUUGUGAUAUACAUUCUGUGUUAUUUUGUUCAGGUAUUACUGUUAUAUCAACAACACAAAAAGUGACCAUAAAAGCAAAUCAGGUUUCAAGUUGGAGAAUUUAUGUAAAUCACAAUUUAUCUGCGUUCUUCUUGUUCUAAAUUUUGGCCUGGUCAUAGUAGACCGUAUCCUUUUGGAAGUAGUAUGUACAGACUACAGAGUGUAUAAAAAAACAGAGUCUACUCCCAAGCAAAAUCAUUUGAUUUGAAAACCUGGCCGUCGUGAUCAAUUAAAAUUGGCCUUGAAUUUUGUCAAUUAAAAUACAAUCAACACCUGCUGUUAUAUAGAGCAACUCUUAGUGAUGUUAUUUAAUAUAAAACACUGUCUAGUAUAAAGUACGGUGACAUAUGGGUGCAAGCGUCAACCAGAACCAUGCACUUUCGAUGCCCUACUCCAGAAGUAACGUAAUAAAUCCAUCGUUAUAUACGUUACUUCUUUAACACAACUUAGAUAUUCAUUUUCAAUAUAAUGGUUUUCUCUUUGGAAUACUUAUUCUGUCUAUAACAAGAAUGUUCGAGGUAUGUACAGGAUAAAUCCAUCACAUAUGUGACAUCAUGGAUAUUUGUUGGUAGAUAUACUGUGCAUAAUACAGUCGCACACUUCAUAGAUGAAACAGUAAUUUUACGAGAAGGGGACUAACAAUAUUUAGUUCUAAUUGGCAAACAACGAUAAAAUAAAGAACUUUAGAUUCAACAAUUUUGACUAUAUAAUUAUUAGCGUUCGAAGCAAUCCUUAAUUAAACAUUUUGUGCUCAAAUUUAAAUGUUUGCAGGCCAGGUUUUGGAUAGUAGUUUUGAUAAUAAUUGCGACUUAGUUGUUUAGAAUAGUUAAUAAGCUAUCUUUCAGUUCGAUUUAAUCACAUAUGAGAACAUACAUUUACCAUUUAUCUAGGAUGAAUUUCUUUGGUCAGCAUUUUGGUUUUCCGUUCUUCUCAAUUUCAAACACAUCUAUUUGUACAUUGCUCCAGCUUACUUUGUUUACUUAUUCAAACGUUAUUGCUUCAACCAACAUAACAGUAAGUCAUAUGUUAUUUAUUCCCUAGUAAUGUGUAGUAAUUUAGUAAAUAAUGAAAUUAUAUUAUUAUUGUCGAUUACACGGCGGGCACAAUUGCCCAAUUCACCCUGGACGGAAGCUCAUGAUACAUAUGGACAUGCAUUUCUAAGGAAUUCGAUACCGUUGACGCUAAGCUGUUGCGAAAACUCCGAAAUUUUGCCUUUAAAAAUUAAUAUCAGGACGCUUUCAACAGGUAACUGUCCACCGCCCAGUCCACGGUGCUACAUACAUCUACGUUCUUGCCGAUCACAUCUGGACUCCCACAAGACUCAUUAUUGGGUCUCUUCCUCUUUAUUUACGUCAACGACUUACCUGACAACAUAUCCACGUCUACCGGGGUCGCUUUGUUUGCUGAUGACACCAAGACGUGUUCAAAAUCCUACAGUGAUUUUUUAUCCUUGCAAGAGGACAUUCAAAGUCUUCAAUCUUGCAUGGGCAAAUGAUAACCGGCUACGUUUCAGUCAUUCCAGUCGGUUCACACCAGUCGGUUCACAAAAUUUGAGUUCGAGAAAUUCUUUCCAUUUUUCUACAUUAUAAGUACCCAAAGAAGCUAUAUACAGAAAAAAACUGGAUACUAAUAGCUGUUUUGCGAAUUUAAGAGCAAAUUUCAAAUCUGUGCAGUUUUUUUUUAUACACCCUGUAGUUUAAAUUGUCCAAAUAUUUAGAAGCGUUAUAACAUUUUGAGUUUUGGUCUACAUAUCUUUUAAAAUUUGCUCUCAUUGGCUGUUUUAUUAACUUUCAAAAACUUAAAAAAUCGCGUCGCGUUGUCGAAUCGCGUCCGGUGUGUCUGGACCUUUACUCGUCAAGGAGUUAAAUCCGAAGAAAUUAAUUGCUAUCUCAGAAUCUUUCUGGAUUUCGUGAGGGCCAUUCUUGUGCCACUGCUGUCUUAAAAUGAGUGAGAACUGGCUUAUCGGUUUGGCCAACAAAAAGAAAACUGUUGCUACCGUCACUGUCGAUCUAAGUAAAGCGUUUGACUGAAUCAUUGGUUGGACUAUGACUUUUCAACCACGACAAAGAAUUUGCUCCGUGAAAACUUGAAGGGUCGUCGUCAAAGGGUAAAGAUUGAUAAUAUUUCUAUCGAAUGGAGGAUUGUUAAAGUUGGUGUGCUCCAAGGGUCAUUAUUGGGCCCGCUGUUCUUUAACAUAAUUAUAUUAUAUGAACAACCUGAACUACAGUGUUUUGAAUGAAGGGCUUAAGAAAGCUCUGAAAGGGAUACAACCACUGGAAAAAUCAAGUAAAUGGUAGUUGCAUCAGGUUGUUGUAUCCCUAUCAAUCCCAAGCUUUCCUGUUAUUGGAACUACCAACACUGGCACAGACAGUUCAAAAUUUAUGGCUUAGACUAUAUAUGUUAAUGAGACUACUCAUGGAUACAAUUCUGAUACAUCCUCUCUUGCUCUUCCAAUUACGGCGAAUAUAGAGAAUAAUACAUGAGUGCGCGAGAAUACCAGAUUUGAAUGUUGAACAUGAUAUCAACACGAGAAAUAAAUCUGGUAUUUCGAAGCACCCAUGUAUUUUUCUGUUUAUUAUAUAAAGGACAGUCUUUGAAAAGCGAUAAUUUUUACAGAAAAGCGAUAAUUGAAAAGCGAUAAUUUUCACAUGUGAGAUUAUCAUGAAUAAUCUCACAUGUGAGAUUAUCACUUUAUCAGUGCUAGAAAUCUCUAUAAAGCACUAUACUUUAUAUAAUAAAAUAAUUUAUUAUCUCUCAGUCAGCAAUAAAAAGGCAUAUAGGCAAUCAUACUUGGCUCGUCAACGUAUAAUAUGAUGUCAAACCGACUCUCAAGAUACUUGGAAAAAUCAAUUAAUGCAUGCACUGGCUAUCAAUCUCUUAAAUCAAAUUAUUAUAGCAUUUUGCUAAAAACAAGAUUGUUAUGCUUAUUCAGUUCGCAUAUUCGUUGCAAGUUUUUCAGUUGUUGUUUUUUUUUCCCGUUUCUUUAUAUUUAGAUUCUCUCACGAAUAAUUGGUUUAGUGUUAAUAUUAGGAAUAUGUUACCUCUGCAAUUUAUGAAGCUUGGUUGUCUUGUAAUAACCGUGUUUUCUGCUUCAUUUGGACCUUUCAUAGCAAUGGUAAGUUUUUUGGAUGUUUUGUAGUGGUUCUUAAACUUUCGCGUCUUAUUGCAAUAAAUGUAAAAUCUUUUAAAACCGGUAUCUCCGAGAUUAAAAAAGUUAAAGCUUUUUACAAUAAACUUUAUAAACCUUGGAGACUCUGGGCCGUUCUAAAAGAUUUUAAUAUUUAUGGUAAGUUUUAUUUGUCACCAUGCUACCCGUUAUAGAUGGUUAGGCAUAACUUAGACUUACCACAAGUCCUCAGUAAAGGACUUUGCGAAAGUCCAGGCAUUGCCACCACGUCCGAUAUUUGAUGGUUUAAUACCAGGGCGCUUAUAUAUAUAAGCGCCCUGUUUAAUACCGUCUUAUUUUAUAUGUAGUUUCAAAUGAUGAAAGGCAUUCGCUUGGAGUUGAAACUUCGAAAUGUUUUUAAUCUUUUUCCGACUACUUUUUAAUCUUUUUCUGCAUCAGAGUUCCUUGUUUAUUGGUUAUCAUAUAUAUCUACACCCUCUAUAUCCUUGUAGAUAUUGUAUGUUUUGACAUGUAUAUUUGUUUAGGAACAGUUACGACAAGUUCUUCUACGUUUAUUUCCGUUCAAACGUGGAUUAUGUCACGCAUAUUGGGCUCCAAACUUCUGGGCAUUAUAUAAUGUUCUUGAUAAGCUCCUAGCAACUCUAGGUAAAUAAACUUUUUUUAAUAAUUUGGAAAAAUUUUGGAUCCUUUGGAAAACAAAACAAAUACAUUUAUCGCCAUGCAAACCUACAAAAAACGUUAUCAGGCUUCUUAGUGUCACGAAUGCUCAAAAUGAUUGCUGUUUUCCCCUUUUCUAACAUCCUUGAACAGCUUAUUGGUUCGUCAAUGUUGAACUAAAUUAGCCUUUCUCACAAAGGUCAAAAUCCGCCAUUUGGGGGGGGGGGGGGCUGUCUGCAUGCCCUUGUAAAAGAUUCUAGACAAUUCAAACAAUGUGAAAAGCGAAUUUUAAAAGUUGUAACAGUAAAUUUACCAUUAUACAAACAACUAUAAUACUAAUACUCGCAUUUCGUGGUGCGGAGACUCUUAAACGUGGAAGAGGCAGUACCCCAAAAAUGGCGGAAAUCGGCCGUGAGAAAGGUAAUUGAACGAGAUCAAUGUUGUCACUGCUUGUUUACAAUAUACUGAUCGUUUCGUCUAGGAAAUAAACUAGGUUUGAUCAGUCCAGUUAAUAUGCGGUCAGCUUCAAUGACAGGAGGUCUUGUUGGUCAUUCCCAGCACACAGUUUUGCCUUCGAUAUCACCACUUGCCACCUUAAUAUCGACACUACUUGCAAUGUUGGUAAGUAACAGACUGCAUGGUUUUAGGAUUCCGAGUAUUACUCUGCUAUCUGCGGGGUACCAGAAUCCUAAAUGUAUGUCCGUGUUCUGAGUUUUUCUGUCCUGAAUUUUGGUGUCACAAGCUAGCCUGUAUUUUCACCAUGCAGACACCCGUACAAAACGCAAGGGGGAGGGGUUAAACCAGGGCACCCCAACAUCUUCAAAAGGUCGGUUGUUGUGUUACUGUUCCGAGCAGGGUUUUACAGCUUUGUUCCAAAUAACUUGACUAUAUAUUAUAGGUCUUUUAAGUUCUUCUAUAUUGUGUUUAUUUAUAUGGGUUUUACAAGCGUUUAUAUAUAGUGUUUGUAAGAGGAAGACUUCAACAACAUGACUCGUAUCUUUUACGUAAAUGUAAUGGCCAGCCCGACGAUUUAGUCCCGCUAUGCAAAUAUUUUCGUGUUCAUUGACUGUGAAAACAAUCAAUUUCUAAAGAAAUGAAUAAUGAUAAUAAUUUUGGUAAUAGUGGCUUGGUCUGGCUUUGAACGUUUGUCUCACCACUAUAAACCACAUUCAUGCCCUUUGUCGUAUAGUUUGUGGUUAGGUGUUAGCCUGUAAAGCAUUUGGUACACAGGCGUGGCUAACUAAAAGUUAAAUCUAAAAUACAAUUUAGUAAAUGUAUUGCAGCAACAAAUUUUCUUUCUUUCUUUUGAUUUCUCUAGCCAUGUCUAAUAUAUCUAUGGUUAAAACCAUGUGACUCCAGGAGAUUUUUAAAAGGCUUGGUGUUAUGUGCUUAUGGUUCAUUUAUGUUUGGUUGGCAUGUGCACGAGAAGGCUGUUCUUUUAAUAACAAUUCCACUAAGGUAGAUUUUUCCCAAACUGUUUGCAGGGUGUCCACGGUCCAAGUCCUUGAAUUGGAAAAAAAUUCCAGGACUGGAAAGUCUUUGAAAAUUAGUAGAAGUCCUUGAAAGUCUUGGAAUUACUGAAUAAAGUGAAUUAUUUACGGCAAAUCCCAGUUCUAGGUCCUUGAAUUUACUGAAAAAGGGCCUUGAACGUCCUGGAAAAGUCCUUGAAUUUCACCUUCACCAAAGGGUGGACACCCUGUGUUUGCAUUGUUUGCACCGAACUGAUAAGCUCUCUUUUUCAUAAUACCCAAGUUAUAGUCCAAGUGUAAGUCAAGAGUUAUACCAUGUGACAAUAAGCUACGAUAGUUGCAAGGUUUACUCACUUCGUGACAAAGUGCCUUCAUCUAAUCGUCUUGCUAGAAUACUACCUUCACUGGAUCCCCGCGUUUGAGAUAUUUUCUCUGUCAUUUCAUCUGUAUGUAACAUGGGGUAACAAACAGCACUUGUUAACCCCUGUCAUUGUAACUAUACGAUUCUUACCCUAGCGUAUACCUGAUCAAAUUAACAUAAUAAUCGUGCGUUAUAAUGACGCAUUUAAAAUUUCGCCAUCAGCUCUCCUCCGCGGAGACAAAGGCUUUAAGAUGCAUGUGUGAAAAAAACUAAAUUUUUUUGUUUUCGAUUUUAGUCUUUUAUCAUUGGAAAGUCGUCUAUAUGGUCGGAUUUUUAUUAUUGUGUCGACAGCUGGAAAUCUGUCUUUAUUUCCCUUGUUAUUUCAACCUGCAGGUAAGUUUUCGUUGAAAAGGAUGAGUUAGAUCGGAGACCUAAGAUUUCAAGUUAAGUCACCAACGACCACGUCCAACGACCACGCCCAAUUUCUUAACUCUCCUGAUGAUAUCUUUCAACUAAACAUGGAGAAUUAAAUCUGCUGUCAAAACGUAAGAAAUUGUGUGUGGUCAUUAGCCUGCGUAGCGGCUCUCAGGGAAAGGAGAGCCUGCACGAGAUUCACUGUUUUGCCAUUUCCGCCCACUUAGCCUGCGGGCUACGCCCACUUUCAACAGAUGUCAAAAUUGGCCAAUCACACAGAUUGUUUAUGUUUGCAAAUUUACUUGUCAAAAUGAAAUAAUAUAGAUUGCUUUAUGUUCGCAAAUUUCAAAACGAAAUAAUAUACGGAUGUCGGCCAAAGAAAAUUGAAGUCUGUGGGAAUAGUGCUAGGCCUAGGGCAAUCUCCAUUGUCGUCGCAAGUAGUUUGCAGUCCGUGAGCGAGAAAGCUACGAAAAUCGUAGAUAUACGUACAAAUAUAAUUUAUAGUUUCGACAACGGUCAACCGUGAUGUAUUAUUAAAAUGUUAAAGUUUCGAGCGAUGCAGGGUAGAGAAAGGUGUCUGAAGCCGUUACUGCAGGGAGAGCAAGUCCUGUUCAUAACUAACAUAAGCAUUUACAGCAAUUCUCUCCUGGCACAAAGUGAAAGAGACGCUGCUAACAGACAGCAAUCCAACGAAGACACCACAGCCAAUAUAUCAAAGUUCGUAAAUACCUUUAUUGUUCAACCGUAAAUCGUGGCCUUUAAGCUCUUUUGAAUGCAAAAUUCAAAUAAACACCUCACAAUAAUGCAUCCGCCGUGUUUGUUCAUAAUUUUAGCAUAAAUUAGCAUAUUUUUUCAUUUUGAACCAAUCAGGUUUCUCGUCCUCUGGGAGAACGAGUAAAUACGGCAAAGCGUGGGGUUUCGUGCAGGCUGUCCUUUCUCUGAGAGCCGCUCGUGGUUCGAACUUAAUUCUCCGAAAUCUUAAUUCUUCCUUUAUAACUCUUCUGUUAGUCAUGCCCGUUUCCGUUUGUCCGGCCGUACGCAAGUUACGAUGUGUAAUGGCGCGGAUUUGUCUUUUGUUUAGUCAGCUGUAUCAAUGUGUUGUAAAUUUUUUCUUAGUUUCAAAUCAAUACUGUAAAAGAAUUCCAAUAAUUCUCUAUUAUAUAUCUUCCGUUAUUCCAGAAACGCCAAUCAAAGUUAUUCUGAUGUUAAUGUACACCUUGUUUACGUUUUGGGCUCUUACGAAAGUCUUGUGGUAAGUAGCGUAAGUACAAUGUCCUAGAACUGCAUGGAACAGGUUUUCAAUGAUAUUCUACCCGUUGUAUUGCUGCCAAUUGGAAGGCUGUGGAGCUAAGGAAGGCUUGGGGGUAUAGGGAAGGCAACGGAAUGUUAGGCUAUGAAAUAGCGAAGGAUUUCUAUAAACUAUAACAGUAUAAAUGAUGCUUGGCUGGGUGCGGUUUGUUCGUAUGUCGGGAAUGUGCCGCUGCUUCGUACCACAAUAUUUCCGCUUUGAUAAUCAAAAUCAGAUUUUCCUUUUCUUCUCUGAAAUUCCCAACAGCAUUUUGUUUCACGAAAAAUAACACCCGUUUACCCGCGCAAUUUAGGUUGUCCUUGUUUCCAUGAUUGACAGUUUUUUAUUCGUUGUUACAGUUCGUCAAGAAAUAAAGAAAAUCAACCUCUUCUUCGCUGGUACGAAAACGUUUAUCUCUCUGGAUUAGUUGUUCUGGAAAUUUAUAACUUAUUUAUUCAUAAUGCAUUGGGAUUUGCCAUGAAAUUUCCAUUUCUGCCCUUACUACUCACGUCCGUGUACUGCGCUGUUGGGAUAUUGUGGUCAUGGAUAUUAUUUUAUCAUUCUGUUUUAACUGAGGACGAAUAUUUUAAAGUUGCUACUGACUAACACUCACUGGAAUGGUAAGUGUACAAGGGUAUAUAAAAACCAUUAGAGAGGUUCAGAUUUGACUUCCGCUACUAUUAACCAAUCAGACGUGUUUAAUCUACCUGAUUGACCAAUCAAAUGCGUAGUGAUUGUGAGAGGUAGAGGAAGUCAAAUAUGAACCUCUAUUAUGUAUGAAUAGACAUAAUCGGCUAGUGUAUAUAGUUCUUGCUUCCCACUUGACAUUUUUGGAUAACUCCCAUGCCUGGUUAACACUGCUCUGAUAAUGAAGAAUAGAAUGAAACAAAGGAAACCAAGCCUUCAAAUUAUGUGAACGAUUUGGAUUGCAAUGGGCUUAAUAUAAUCACACACCGCAAUGGACCUUAUAACUAAAAUUUUGAUCUAGACAAAAAUUUCAUCACAGCUUGAAAGAGCAUCACAAAAUUAGUAAUAUUCCAAAGUUUCGUUGCGAAAUGUUGUAAAAUGCGGAUAAUAUAGCCUUGGGAAAUUUGCCGUUUUUCAGUCAUUUUGUAAUACGCAUGGGAAAUUGACAGCCAAAUCGUGUGUUGGGGCUGUCAAUUUCCCGUUUGUAAUACAAAAUGACUGAAAAUUGCAAAUUUCGCAGGGCUAUAUUAUCCGCAUUUUACAACAUUUCGCAACGAAACUUCGGAAUAUUACUAAUUUUGUGAUGCUCUUUCAAGCUGGGAUGAAAUUUUUGUCUAUACUUGUCUAGAUCAAAAUUUUAGUGAUAAGGAGAAAGGUCCAUUACGUUAUACAGGGUGUAUCAAAAAAAGCGCAAUCCUCGACUGAAAUGUAAAUUGCUAAACAAAUAAUAGACGAAAACGUUAAAGUUUACAUUCAUUUUAAAGCGUAGCCAUUCAGCUUUCUAACAGUGGGUUGUUUCUUAAAUUUGACUCAUUGGUUCGCGGCUAAUAAUACUUUACGUUAUUGCGAUUGGAGAUUAAAAAAAUUGAGAUGGAAUAACAAAUCGUUCUCAUGAAAAUAACUUAUUUUUUCAUUAAAACAAAAAAAUGUUGCAUUUUGUUAAAUGGAUUGUAACAAUAAGUAUAAUUACGGCUUUUCUUCCACUAUUUUUAACUCAGUUUGAAACUUCAAAUGCGAUAUAAUUUUGGCUUGGACCAUCUAAGCUGACUGACAUCAACUUGCUAUAAUUUCUGUUUACAUUACAUCGCAAUUCGAUGACACUCUGGCUCAGACACCAGAAUGUUUUGACGAUUUUUAGCAUUCGUUUAGGAUUUUCAAACAACCUGGUCUCUUUUAAAAUACUGUUAAUUUGUUCUUACGUGGUUUUCCAGAUGUAGUGACGACAACAUUAAAGUUUAAAGAAGAAAAUUCUAACAUUUAAACCGACUAAACAAUAACAUAGUAAACUUGCAUAAUUAAACAGCAACUAAAAAUGAUAGGUUUUACUAAAUCUUUUCCUGUGCAAUUAUUACUAGCAUUGGAGACAAGGAUAAUAGUUUGUUUGAAAGAGAAAAGAGCAGGCUUUGAAGUAAGCCUAAAAGCGUUUAACUAGAAAUAGUAUUUCGAAAGUUAUUAAGCACAAAAGAUGAAUUGCGUUUAUUUUGAUACACCCUGUAUAACUAUCGCGAAGGUCGUCGAAGGAUGAAAUUUCGUGAAAAACAUAGAAACUAAUUCAACGUUUCAAGCGAAGGCCCUUCGUCGGGAACGUUAUGUGCUGACAAUUUAAAGUAAAAUAAAUAUUGAAAGAAAUACUGAAAUGUGCAUUUUGACCAUUGUAGUACCAAACGGAUGCUUCCAUUCCCCUGAGACAACGUGUCUUGUUUUCGUGUCAAAACAUUCGGGAAUGCGAGUACAUUCCUACGCCUAUUACUGCUAAAAUGUCAAACUAUUAUUAGCUAAUCUCAGAACAAUUUCUCGUAGAUCAAUCAGAUUCGCCAUUUAAAAAAUGUUGAUUUCACCACGUUAGCAAUGUAGUCGCAUUCCUGAAUGUACUGACAAGAAAACAUGUCAAGUUUUCUCACGUGAGAGAAUGUAUCUUUUGAUAUAUGAACUGCAAAAAACGCUGGCUUUUGGUUGGAUCCAGACUUUAUUUUAGUAACCAACUAGUUGAUUUUGAAUUAAAAUUAUUUCAAAUAAAUUCGAAUAAACUCGAAAUACAACCCACAUGUAUGUAUUCGUUUUAUUAUUAUGAGUAUCAAUGCCCCUUUAGGAUAAUGACGUAAACGCGAUCCAGCCUAGAACAUCCCUUGAUACCAUCUAGCUGUCAUUGUCCUUAUGUAGACAUUUUAAAGAUGCAGUAUAAUUAACUGAAAAGGAAAAAACCCAAGCCUGAAGCCUUAGUGCAUAAAGCUAUUACAACAUAUUCAUUGCACAGAACAAUAGCGGUUAUCGAUUCAUGUCUCGCUAUUUAUGAAUGCUAAUCCUAACCCUAACCGCUGACCCUAACUCAUAAACAGCGAGACAUGAAUCUAUAUCCAAAAUGGCCAUGUAUUCAUUACAUGGGAUUGUGGGCUCAGUCAAAAAUUUUCGCGCGCUUUUUUGUUUUGCUUUACUUUGGUGUAUUUCCAACAAAAUAAGGCUGGGAUUGUACGUUUAAAGUGUUUUUAAUUUUCCUGAGUUACCUAAUAUUGUAGUAAUUGUUUUGGGACCUUUUAACCUUUUAUUCCGUCAGUGAAUUAAAAACUUUGGCGCUUAUCAGAUCUUGAAAUUAUUUCGUAGUCCGUCUUAUUAAUAGAGAGGUUCAGAUUUGACUUCCACUUCCUCUAGCACUACCUCUCACUGGCUUAGUAAACAUCUGAUUGGUUGAUCGAAUAUAUCAAACGCAUCUGAUUGGCUAAUAAUGGUAGCGGUAGUGGACGUCAAAUCUGAACCUCACUAAUAUUCAGUACACGUCGGCAUGUACAAUCUACGCUUGUUCAGUUAACAUGAGCAAGCUCGUCUUAGCUGUCCACUAGUAUACAAGCCUUCAUAGAAGGUGUAACUGUUCUAGUUUUUGUUAGAACUGUUCUCGCUCAAGCGAAAUGCUUCUAAGAAUUCAUUAAAAUCUAUAAAACCAUCUUGAUUUAUAUCUAACGUUCUUGCUAGAUCUUGAACAUCUUGCUCUGACAUACAUUUUGUGUGUUCACAUAAAAUACGACAACAUUCUUCAAAUUCAUCAAGGGAAACCAUUCCUGAAACAUAAGCAACAAAUACAUGCAGAUUGCUGUUACAAAAUAUAUUGUGUUUUAAUUACGUGAUUUAGUCCGAAAUUGACCGGGUUUUUUUUUUCAUCAACCCUGAAAUUGUAUUUCUUGUUUGGUUAAUCUAAACUGGAGUGUUGAAAAUUUAGAUCGUUCUUUCAUGGAUUGCUUGCAUUUAUGUAAACCAGAACAACCGCGAAACAUGUCUGAUCUUACAAGACAGAGACGCAAUCAAAUAAUAAUUAAUCAGUUUACUCAUACCUGAAUUGUUCUUAUCCAUAACUCUGAAGAUAGUUUCAAAUGUAUUUCUGUGUCGGUACAAAGCUUCAAUGAAAUUUCCUUUCUAUUCAUAAAAAUUAAAAUGUUACAACUUGGAAAAUUGUUCACUUGUUGCAAGAGAGCUCGAUCCGAAAUAUUUAGUGUGUAAUUCUUCCAUGUUAGUUAAUCGGCCCUCCCCGCCCCCAAGAAAAAACCGUAUAUGACACGCUAUUAAUAUAUUGCCUUGGACGUUUCUAACAGUUUUCAGUGACUAUGUAUGGAUGGACUAAGGCACAGUAGGUUAUACGCCCUUUCUGUGUGUUUUUUUUGUUCUGGACUCCCUCGACUGAAAACCUGGCUAUGCCUCCGACAGCAGUAGCUUCUGACCAGGGCGCUCAUAUAUAAACGCUCUGCUUUUGCCUCGUGUAUAUUUUGGUCUGUUUUCACUUAAUGACAUUGUCUGCUUGUGACAGUGUAGUCGUCUAAUAUUUUAGUAACUAAAUCGAUGUAUAUUCUCCUGUUGACAACACCUCCCUGUCUUGUUGCACUUACACCCUGUAUCUUAUAUACCUUGGAAAACAUGGCCUCGAUCUGGUAUUGAUCAAGACAAGAUUCAUAAUCCACUUUCCCAUCUUUUAUUCCUACUGAGAUCUGCUUACGUAUCAUACUCCAUGGCAGGCAUAUUUCUAAUACUCUUUCCAUGACAUUCGUCCAUUCCAGAACUGUUAUUAGGCCUGCAGCAGAUAAACAAUGGUAAAUUGUUUGAUGGAAUAUUGAAUGGAAUAUUCUGUGUUGAGACUUUCAUAUGUUACUUUUUUGCUCUGAUUUCAUAAAGCUUAAUUCGCUAUGACUAGGGUUUACUCUUCAUUGUUGCGGCUACAUUAGGUUGUCUUUUUUUACCUUGAGCGGAAGCUUCUUGCAAACGUGUAUAGAUCAUGCAAUGUAAUGUUUGUUUAAUAAAACUUGGUGUUCUAAUGGAGAUGAUCACUUGUUGAAAAUUAAUUUCCAAAUGUCUCAACCGUGAAUCUAACCCAAUGUCUCUGGUACCAGCGCUCUUACCACUAGGGAUAUCCAAUUGAGACACUAGGAAUUGUCCUAUGCAUAACUUCCAUACCAGAACUAACAUUUUACCUGUAUGUUCAGUGUCAUAUUUUCUAAAUUCUUGAAGAAGAGAAUCUUUUUGUGAAAAUAUCAGUUUUCUCAACUCGCGAAGUGCAGACUCUUCAACCCUGCUGAUCCUAGAAAUUGAAUAUUUAAAUUUAUAUUCGAUGGGUUUGAUUUCGUGAGGAAAAGUGGGUUUAGUGGUAUACUUCCGUUCAGAGUAAAAUAUGUCAUUGCGGUUGCUUUUUGAUUUAUCAAGGGGAACGGAUUUCCUGAUAUGCGGUUGGCAUGCAAUAAAGAAGAAACAAGAUUUUGUGCAAAUUAGAACACCAUUUUGCGAAUAAGAAGAACAAUUGUAGAGGCAGAGCGAUGUUAUUGAAAUGUAUUCGCAGGUAAUGUAUGAAUUUCUUCCAACCAGGAACGCAACAACACAGUAAUAAUAAGAAUACUUUAUUGAUCCAUCUUAAGCUUAAGAAAAAUACAAUUGAUUUACAUUAAGAAUAUUAAUACAAACUGUAUUUUACAAUGUUAUUAAAUAGAACUAAACUACACUUUUAAUAAAAGUAUACCAUGCACUACAGUAGUUUAAAAUUAGAGAGUAAUGACAUUGCCCUGCAUGGGUAUAAAUUAUUGUUUAUGCCUUUCAAUACGAGAAAUAGUUGAUGUGCCAUGCUGUCAAUAAGAUCGUAGGCUGUAAUUGUGAUUCAAAGACAAUGGAAUAUAUUUGUUAUUUGGGUUAGAAUUCAAUCACAGUUAAUAAAUCUCUUCUUUCUUCAGAGAGGAAAGCGUGUUUUUUGGAAGCCCAGUUAUCUGGUUCAUUUCGAGGGUGAGAUCUUACCGGCUCUCUGACAACUCCGCCCAAGGAAACUCCAUGCAGAAAAAGUUUUGUGGGACGAGGGAGGGAUCUGGGGAUUUCGAGAAGACGUAUGAUCAGAAUCUCUUGUGCUAUUUUCUACACCAAGAAACGAAUGUCGAGUAAGAUAAACAUUAAAUUAAUUAUGUACCUACUUACCGUUCAACAAAGUUAAAUUUCUUCAUACAUUGCAUUCCAGUGUACUCAACAAAAUAUGGUUUGAGGUUUGGUAAAAUUUUCAUGUAUGCUCCUUUAUUACUGCCUUUCUCGUAGUAGUCGGACGCAGAGAAUACAGUGAGCACCUAGAGCAAAAAAUAGCUAGUUCAUUUCAGUCCGUCGUAAUAUCGGGGUGUUUAUUAGAGAUAAGUUUAUUAAAGAAGGACGUUUAUUUACAUAUUAGAACCUCGAAGACAAUAUACACACGAUUUCACACAAAUGUUCGAUUCACACAAUGUAUUUUUUACGUUCUCGAUAUGAGAUCAUCUUUUCAAGAGUUAAUAGAAAUGAGUUAGGAGUUAGCCAAGGAACAAAUUACAGUACAUCUUCUCGAAUGAGGAAGCGUUUCACUUUAUUAGAGAGAGGCGUUAAUUAAAGAGUGCGUUUAUUGGAGAAAAGCUUUUAUUAUGGAGAGCCGUCUGUUGGAGAGGAGUGUUUAUUAGAGGUGCAUCAAGCAUCGCAGACGUGAUAACUAACAGAAUGUGGUUCUAUAUACUCACCUUGCCACCGUGUGUUGAGUCAUGUCCUUCAAGACAACAUUCGUGUGAUCUAACAAUGAGUUUUAGACCAUGGCGUUCCAGUACUUUCUUUGUUACAUCUGGUCCAAAAUAACAUCCCCCACCACGAUAUGAGUUCACUGUACAGCCAGGUUUUGAUAAUGGAUCACUCCAUAACAAGUCCAGUACCUAGGAAAACCAAGUGUUAUUGAUGGCUGUUUCUAAGUACACAACGCAAGUAGACGUAUACUCUCAGAUUUACUACAAGCCUGGUUUUGAGUUUAUCUAUUUUCUUAAUAAGAAAAUCCUGGAAAGCAAAUGAAAGCUGCAAUAGGCAAUUCCAGCUUUUAGUUUAUGCAUGCAGGGAAUGAUGGGAAGUAAGGUAUCAUAUUAAAAAUAAAAAUGGUGGCCAUGUAAACACGGAGUGAUAGCUUAUACUUGUAAAUAUUAAAUAUUUCGGUUGUUUCGGCAGUUUUUAUUGAAAUUUUUAAUCAGCAAUAUGAUACCUUACUUCCCAUCAUCCCCUGCACGCAUAAACUAAAAGCUGGAAUUGCCUAUUGCAAAGCUGAUUAUACCUGCACGUUUUGUUACGGGUCGGCGCAAAUUUGUUGCUGAUUGGCUAAGGCACAAACAAACAAACAAACAAACAAACAAACAAACAAACAAACAAACAAACAAACAAACAAACAAACAAACAAACAAACAAACAAACAAACAAACAAACAAACAAACAAACAAACAAACAAACAAACAAACAAACAAACAAACAAACAAACAAACAAACAAACAAACAAACAAACAAACAAACAAACAAACAAACAAACAAACCUACUCGCACAAUUGUAUGAUAUCCUGAUAAUAUACAUGUUAGCACGUAAAUUUCCAAGAAAAACAACAGUUAACUAAAAAAGGAUAACUUUAAUUUUGUAAACAUACUUGUCUCCACUCGUCGUAGUCAAUGUUGUCGCGGUUUGUUGCAAGAAAAUCUGGCUUUAGUACUGAAGUAUACUAAAAUAUAAAUAUACUAUAGGAUAAAUAACUAAAAGGUGUAUAUUAAUAUGUCUCUGUAAAAAUAUAUAACCAAAAGUGUGUUAAUUCCUGCAAUAUACUCUAAGUACCUCCAGAUUGAUUCUACGGAACACUACAAGUUUUCUCCGAGUUUGGGGCGAUGAAAGAUGCCCCCUCACCAAACUUCUAGGGAAAACAUGCAGUCCAGAAAUAAACAUGGCUAGCUUAAUUUUUUUAACUGAAUUUAAACCUUAUUUCAUAUAGACAUUUGUAUACCUUAUGUCUGUUAAUGUUAUCCACAUACUGAAGGUCAGUAAUGUCUGAGACUCCGCCAUGUACAACAAGAAUCUCAUUAUCAACAACAGUAGCCAAUGUCAGCCAUGAAAAUACAUCUUCCACCACCCUGAUUAUCUUGCUGGCAUGACUCUGGAAAUGUAAUAGAAUAACAAUUUUUAAGGUUUUUUCUUAAAUUAUAGUAAUGUAAACUGAGCGUGAUCAAAUUCACAAAAUUUCAGAUAUUUUACUUUGUACUUUUUUAUGACCUCUUUGGAGAAUCCAUACCUAAAAGAAGAAUUUAGUUUAAUGUAUUUUAUUCUUGUGAUAUAUUAGGCCAAAAUCUGAUGGCCACGCACACUAACCACUGUGCAUAUUCCAUAACAAUAGCAAUUAGUAAUGUAAAAAAAGCUUUCUGUAUUCUUUGAAGAAGCUCAUAAAUCAGUGAUUUUUAUGAAAGAUGUAUGCAAACAGCAAGAGACAUUGAUUUUGCCAGUGCGGAAAGGAUUAUUGAUUUUUUCUUUCUUUUUUGGGGGGAGGGGUGCUGGAAUAUUGGGGAAUGCCCAAGUAUCUACUGUAAUAUAAUAAAAUGGAAGAUGUUAUAUUGAAAUUACUUAGGAGACAAGGAAGAAUUCUGUAAGAGUAGUCUGUAAAGAAGAACUCGUAUAUAUAGUUUAGUGUAAUACUGAGGGCCACUAGUUUAUCGGUCUAUGCAGACUGUGUUUUUUGCUCUCAUGAAAUAAAGUUUUACAUUUACAGCAUGGAGCACGUGGAAGGACAACAAGGGAUGAGAUGGGUGUGAUGGAAUUAACAAGAUCAGAUUGGAAUAUAUUGAAUGGAUGCAAGAGAUGAUACACGGUGACGUGGGUACGACGAAGAUGGCGACAUGGUGACGAUGCACAAGAAGGCCCGACAUCUAAACCCUAACUAUAGUCAAUAGCAUAAGAAAGUUUGGAAAUUAGACCUCAUUGUGCAAGAAAUGGACGGUUCAUCGUCACGUGUAUAUUGUAUUUUCUCCAGAGCAAUCAAUAGCUAUGUUUUCAUUUAACCAUUGC